UACCUGAUGCGUAUAUUAUAUAUGCAUGAAAGGAGAUAGAAAUAAUCGCUAACAGAGGCAGACACAUUUAGAAAUUGUUUGAAGCAGACGACACAUUUGUUCUGAUAGGUUUGUUCACCAUGGACUACGAAGAAGUGAUUGGAACAAUUGGAGGAUGUGGACUUUAUCAGAAACUGAUGCUAACUUUCCUCUUCUCUUCUACCAUUAUGGAUGGUUUACAAAUUGGAAGCAUAAUUUUUAUUGCACCUGACUUAGAUUACAGGUGUGCUAUUCCUGGUUACGACAACGACACGUAUAAAAUCCAAAGUGAAAUCCAUAAAGAACUGAUCAACGAAUAUAUUCCAAAGAGUGAGGAUGAAGGGGAGGAGGUUUAUGAAAAAUGUUUGAUAUAUUUCAAUACCACAGAAAAUGGAAAUCGAACUACACAGAAGUGCAGCUCUUGGGUGUACGAUAAAUCCAACACGCACACCUCAAUCACCACUGAACUGAAUCUCGUUUGCGAUAAUGCGAUUCUGGCAAGGCACACCAUUACAUUUUACUUCGUUGGCUACCUUUUUUCUAUGGUCAGCUGUGGAAUUUCAUCAGACAGAUUUGGUCGCAAAAAAGUGAUAAUUGUGUCUUUAUUUUUGCAAGGGUCAGCUGGUAUAGUAAUGGCUUUAAUCUCCAACAUUUAUGCCAUAUUUGUGUUACGUUUUAUCACUGCUAUCGGUGGUGCUGGAUCCUUCAUUCCUGCGGUUGUCCUUGCUGCUGAAGUGUCUUCGGUGGACAGUAGAAUGAAAUCUUCCGUUGCCAUCCAAAUGAUGUUUACCAUCGGAUACAUGAUCAUUUCUCUAUUGACUUAUUUUGUGAGGACCUGGAGGGCUUUGAUGAUCAUAAUAUCAAUCCCGUCACUGGUGUUCGCUAUCGUCUAUGUCUGUUUCCUAGACGAAUCUCCCCGAUGGCUCCUCAAUAAAAAGAGAACAAAAGAUGCCAACAAAAUUCUUAGCAACAUCGCCAAACUGAAUAAAACAGUUUUGCCUCAAACAGAAAUCGUCAACAUUUUCUCAUCGAACAAUAAAAGAGUAGAAACCUGGAAAAUGUUUACUAUUCCUCAGCUUCUAAAACGGACCCUAAUUUUGAUGGUAAACUGGGCAAUUGUGAGCAUGGUAUAUUACGGCAUUUCACUUAAUGUUGGCAAAUUGUAUGGCAAUCUCUAUAUGAAUUUUUUUUUGAAUUCGGUUGUCGAGUUUCCAGCCUACAUUCUCGGUUUCUUUCUGUUAAAUCGUAUCGGAAGAAAAAAAUUGCAUGCUAGCCUGAUGGUUUUGGCUGGAAUUGCUUGUAUCGCUGGAAUAUUUCCCGUCCUCUAUGGCACUAAAGCCCAUCGAUGGAUGUUAACUGCCAGUUCGAUAUUCGGCCGUUUGUUUAUCACUGCAGCUUAUGGAUUUAUGUAUUUAUACACUUUGGAAUUAUAUCCAACUUGUAUAAGAAACGGUGCAUUAGGGGCUAUGAACACCUUUGCACAUGUUGGCGGCAGUGUGGCACCUUACACUCUCAGUCUUUCAGAUUUGGUUUCUGGCAAGGUUGGUCGAAUAAUGCCAAUGAUUCUUAUGGGAACACUUUCCAUAAUCGCGGGGCUAUUGUCAUUGUUGUUACCUGAAACAAACAACCGGAAAAUGAUGGACAACUUCAAUGAUUUGACCAAAUCUGGAGAACUGGAGUUAGCUACUAAAAAGGAUGCAAUUCUAAAGGAAGAAACUCACCCUAUGAAACCGAGACAACCUGAAGAGGAUAUUAAAUUUUAAUGUACGUACGUAUGUAUGUAUGUAUGUAUGUAUGUAUGUAUGUAUGUGAGCACACACACAGACAGAUAGACAAAUAGAUAGAUAGAUCAUAAAAGUGAACACAAGAAAUGAUACUAAUACACUAUAGGCUUGUAAAGGCAUAUGCUUAUAUUUAUAUAUAUACUAGCAGUAUAGCCCGGCUUUGCCCGGGAUUAAGUUGGGAUUAUUAAGCUAAUCAAGUUCUUUAUUUCAAACCAAACUAAGUAACAUGACGUCAAAUUUGGGCAGAAUCAGUGUUGCAACUGGAGCGCAUGGGUUGGGGGUUUGAUCGGCAGAGGUGAUCAGUUUACACAUGCCAUCUCUUUGAAAACACCACCGCCAUCAUCUAACCCCUCUUUGCCCAUGGGUUAGGAACCCUUCCAGCAAGGAAAAUAGAAUUACCAAAAGGGCUCCCGAUUCUCUGUGUCAGAAGCGGUUCUGUUCAGAUCACAACUAAGUCUUAAGUAUAUAUAUAUAUAUAUGAGAACACGGAUGUUACGUAAGUAAAACGUUAAUGUUCGAAACUGCAGCAGUCCAUAGAUAAUUCUUUUUUCUGUAUAUUUCUCAUUGUGUCCUGUUCUGGCGUUUUGCCAAAUUUUUCUGGAGAACAUUAUUUUUCUUUGUGGUUGGGUCGUUGAUGACCUCUUUCUAGCAUAUUCGAUGUCCACCUAGUGGUCAUCCCUUAUACACGUGUAAUACAAUUUUUUUCUGAAUUUUCAGAUUUUUUAUAUGCUAGGCCACUUGGUUUUAAAUUGAAUUAAUAUUCAAUUUAUCAUCCUAUCUAUCUAUCUAUCUAUCUAUCUAUCUAUCUAUCUAUCUAUAUAUAUAUAUGAGCAACACACACAUACACACAGGCACGUAUGCACACCAAUUGCAUACAUAUUUUUUGUACGCAUACAUGUUCGUAUGUGUGCGUGUGUGUGUGUGUGUGUGUGUGUGUGUGUUGCCCGUAUAUCAAUAAAACACACGCGAAAGAGAUAGAGAGAGCGCGCUCUCCCUCUCUAUCUCUCUCACUCCUUUACACAUAUGCCAGAUA